AUCCAAAUGGUUUAGUUUACGGUAGUGGGAAGAGGGAGAACACUGGGGCAGCAGACAGACUGUGUGACAGCUGAUUUUCUUUACAACACUUUGAGUAAGUGUUUAUCCCAGGACAGGAAAGAAGGGCAAAAUGAGCUGUCAAUGUGCCUAGUGUCUCUACUGAACUUCUGGAGGACUAAGCAUCACUGAUCAUCUCUCUCUGGACCUGUUUGUGUGAAGUUUCCCUUCUCCUAACCUCUGAUCUGAGAGCUCCACCUGGGCUCUACAGGACCAUGAGCGCCUCAGCAGCCAACCUCCACAACAAGCGCCUGCCUUCGGAGACAGAGCUUGGUCAGAGAGUCACAGACAUGGAUGCAGCGCAGCAGUUGAAGCUGAGAGAGAGACAGCGCUUCUUUGAGGAGGUCUUUCAGCAGGAUGUGGAUGUCUACCUGUCCUCUGCACACCUGCAGGUUGACUACAAGAGGCCUCCGCUUGGCAGUGUGUCGUCCAUGGAGGUGAAUGUGGACAUGCUGGAGCAGAUGGAGCACUUGGACAUCUCAGAUCAGGAAGCCCUGGAUGUCUUCCUCAGCUUCAGUGGAGAGGAGGGGGGGCUGGCCUCCCCACUGCCAGUUCAUGGGAUCAACAACCAUGAUGGCAUCGUCAAACGUGGACUACAUCGAUGCAUCCACAACAGCUGUGAUGGAAUGUCUCGCGUGUCCUCCACUUCCUCCACUUCAUCCUCCGACAGCCAGAACGCCAAUAAGGAUGGAGGGGAAUCCCCUGUCGUCCAAUCAGAUGACGAGGAUGUGCAUGCUGACAGGCUCUUACUGAUGGACACUUCUCCAGGGAAGGACAAUGAGAAGGAUCGGCCCGUACUGUCUUCAUAAACAUCCUUUUCACACAACCUUGAGAACAAGAAUGGACUGAUGGACUGGUGCAUCUGAACACUAAAAACAUCAACUUCUUCCAUAUACUCUCCUUACUGCCCUUCAUUUUCCCUCUUCUUUUCUCUUUGUUUUAUAUGAUAUAUUGUCUGUCCUACAUGGCUUCCAUGGCUUUGUAAAUAAUAAAGAAAAACUGCUAAUGACUUAAGCAUGAUUUGUAUUGCAUCUAAACAAUCAAACUGUUGUUAAAGACUUACUGAUACUGAAUUUGAGUUUGAAGCACUGUAGAAGUAGCCUUUUUUCCUCCUCUGAAGAUUCUCAUGUUUCACAUGAUAUAUUUUUACUGCAUAAUUUAUUUGUUUCAGCAAUAAACAGAAACUGC